AGUCAGAGGCUCCUAAACCCAGAUCCUGAGGCCUUUUCCAAGGGUUGACACAGAUCACACUGAGCAUCUGUUACAGGAGCUAGAGUAUGGAAAGAAAACACCUGAAGAAAGAGGUCGAAAAACUCCUGGGAGAUUAUGUUGGCAUCAGACUACAAGAAAAUGAAUUUGAUCCAAGAGGACAAAGGCAGCCCACAUUUCUAGAUGACAUGGUCCAUUACAACUUAGCCCUCAGCAUUGCUUUGCUGUGGCUACGUGACUUGGAUGUUCAAACUGCACUGACAAGAGAGAAAAUGAAUUUUGCAGCUCACAACCGAUACGCAUAUCCCAACAGAACUGAGAGAGAAGCCAUGAUAUUAUCUUCAUAUGCUGGAAUAUUAAUGAACAGCAUUCCUGUUGAAGAGAUCUUUGAGAUUUACAGUCCCUCAGCAACACACUGUCAAAGCUCUGCAAAGAACCACUGGAUUCAGCCUUUCAAGCUCUCCCUGCAUCCAUUUGCCAUGCUGACUGCCCCUGAAGCUGCACAGUAUGCCUGCAAGCAAAGCACCAAGUUCCAGACACCAGCAGCAUAUCAAAAGACCAGCCCUGGUUCAAGGAGAGCUAAAAAGGACAGCAAGCAACUGGACUCAGUGACCAAAGGAAAACAACAGGUUGGCAAAGCAGGUCUGAAGAAUUCACACAAGCCAGUGAAACUGUUUUUGCAACGCUAG